UUGCAGAACCGAUUUUUUUCGGUUGUGAUGGUGUUCAGGACAGUCCUAAGAAAACGGACUUUUGUGGUGUUUGUGAUGGUGAUAAUUCAACAUGUACAGAUUGUCAAGGAUAUAUGAGGCCUGGUUUGGUAAAUAAUAAAACCUGUGGUACGUAUAGCUAGAGCCUUGUUGAUGUAUCAGUGUACACAAUAACAUUCCAAGCGAUUAUUGCUUGGUACCUGUGGUUGCAUAUACCGUAUAAUUGGGUUGAAACAUGGGUCAGAAAUCGCUUAAAGCAAAUAAUUAUAGUUUAAAUUAAGCAAUAAUAGAAACUUCGCACCUUUCUUAUCCGCGAAUUCCUAGCUCGCCCCUUUUCCAUAGUGGAUUUUAUUCAUCUAUAUCUCUAAUUUUUUAAAUUAUCGUCAAUGAAGAGUAGGGAGGUACAUGAAAUCUAUAGUGUAAACGACACAAUGUAAUUCGGAGAAUUGAUCCUAAAUGAGAUGUUUACUGUUAUUGAAGAAUUAUCAAUUUUUAGAAAUGUUUAAUCCGUAGAUUUUCAUGCAUUUUCAAUCACAUAGGUUUCUAUCAUCCGUGGAGUGAGUGGAAUACUUGCUUUAAAAGAGGUGAUGAUGAAAUAAAAACAAGAAAUAGAACCUGCUCUGAAAAAGGCGAAUGCAGUCAUUUAGGCGAAAGUGUUCAAUAUGAGAAGUGCAUGUGCACUAACUGUGACGAUGAUGGCGAUGACGAUGAUGAUGAUGAAGAUAAUGAUGGUGAUG